AGAGCCGAAGGGGACAUAGCUACUGCGACAUCUCAGAAAGCGGCACUCGAUGCCGCCAUCAAUGCCGCUGAGCAAUACAUGAAAGCAUUGUGUCUGGCAUCCCCCGAAGAGAAAAAAGACCUAGACUCGAAGUGCAAAGACCUCUUAACCCGUGGAGAGAGAAUAAAGGCCGCCAAAGAUUGGCAGUCGGUCGCCCGGCUGCAAGCUCCUAGUCUGGAAGUCCGACCCCCGACAUCCAGACGAAAACCCACCACUCGGGAAGAAAUUAUCAUCUAUGAAGGGUCGAAGCUCAAUGGUUUCAUCUUCCCCCCAUGGGAUCGCGAACCUACCCCUGCGGAGUUCGUGACCCGCGACGGCCAGCCUUUCACGGAUGCUCCAGACUUGCAUAUUUCUGAAUUCCAGGGUUCAAUUUUUGCAGGAUGGAAACGGCCCGCGGAGCUUUUGCGCACAAUGAAUGGACAUGAAUUAUUACAAGCGAUUGAACCUGUUAUUUCGGUGGCAGGCACCACCGAUUUUGUACAAGACUUGUUGACAGACUGCUCGGUGGUUGCUAGUCUUUGCGCUAUAAGAUCCCGCUUUGAGCGCGGUCUGGGCAAUCUUGCAUCACCAACGAUGUUUCCCUCUAAGAGUUGUGAGCCAAGCAUAUCUUCGUCGGGAAAAUAUAUCUUUUCCUUCUACUUCAACGGCUGUUUUCGAAAGGUAGUCAUUGACGACCGACUUCCAUCCUCUAGAACAGAUCGAUCGCUUCAUGUGGUUGACCGAGAUAAUCCAAAUCAUCUGUGGCCUGCUCUGGUGGAGAAGGCAUAUUUGAAAUUGCGUGGCAGCUACGACUUCCCGGGAAGUAAUUCAGGGACAGAUUUGUGGGUACUGACUAGUUGGAUUCCCGAGCAAGUCUUCCUACACAACGAUGAUUCGACUUCCGACGAGAUUUGGGGCCGUCUAUACCAAUCAUUUUCCCGGGGCGACGUGUUGCUGACCAUAGGAACGGGAAAGUUAACUGAGCGGGAAGAGGAAGGACUAAGCCUGGUGAGUGAGCAUGAUUAUGCAAUUCUAGAUAUGAAAGAAGUACAGGGGCGUCGCCAGUUUCUGUUGAAGAACCCUUGGGCUGGGGCAGAGCCGACAAUACAGAUCAAUCAACCUGGGCCCACUGAAUCAUCAGUCCUCUCUCCAGGGAUGUUUUGGAUGGGUUGCGAACAGGUUUUGCAACAUUUCGAAAAUCUUUACCUUAACUGGAACCCGAGCCUGUUCAAGUAUCGAGAGGAUGUUCAUUUCACCUGGGAUCUCUCAAAUGGUCGGAUCAUCAACGGAUGUUUCAUUAAGAACCCGCAAUUCUCCGUAUACAGUAAGACAGGAGGAAUAGUAUGGUUGCUACUUGGCAAGCAUUUCAAGACAGAUCAUCAUCAUUUCCUGAAGAGUCAUGAGCCCUCUGGCGAGAGUCUUGGCUUCAUAAGCAUUUACAUAUUCAAGGCAGAUGGUAAAAGGGUCUUCCUGAGUGAUAGGGCUCUCAAUCGUGGUCCCUAUGUGGACUCACCGAACACUCUUAUGAGGCUCGAUAUGCCUCCUAGAACCACCUACACGGUUGUGGUAUCAGAACAAUCACUACCAUCAUGUAGCCAAAAUUUUACCCUCUCCGCGAUCUCGACAUCCCCCGUCUCACUAGCUCCUUCAACAGACAAGUAUCUCUGCUUCAAUAAAGCAAAAGGCUCCUGGACAGCCCUGACUGCCGGGGGCAAUGCAGAAUCUCCCCAAUACUCUUCCAACCCACAAUUUCGCCUUCAACUUUCCGAGAAGACUGACCUUUCGAUUCUCCUUGAGACCGAUGACUCUGAGCUGGCAACCCACAUCAAGCUGUUUUGGUCCAAUGGCGAGCGCAUCUCAAGAGUGCGAAGUCGAAAUAUCAUUGCAGAUAGUGGUGACUACCGUCGGGGUUGUGCACUAGCCGAGACCAGAUCCCUCGACAAGGGCGUGUACACGAUCGUCUGCUCAACUUUCGCGACAAAUCAACUUGGUCGCUUCACACUUUGGAUAUCUUCCACCAUUCCAAGCGUGGUACAACAAUUGGCGCCGGAAUCUGCGGGCCGUUUAGUUACAAAAUCCCGCGUCGGCAAGCUCCUACCAGGUCAAGACCGGAUGCUGGCUUCUCUAAAUGUGUCUCGACUCACGCAGGUCAAACUGGUUGCCAGAAGUAAAGCCUCGCGGAUUGGCGUUCGCCUCGUUGCUCCUUCACCUGUGCUGAUGACGAUUGAGCGGGGCCAGGGCCCAUACAAAGAGCUACUGGCUGUUUCUGAAGAUGGAACGCAUUGCGAUGUUGCAUCAGGUGUUCGCGUGGACGGUUUUGAUUUAUACCCUUUUGACGGGUCACAUAAACAGGCUUGGAUCGUGAUAGAACGCAUUGGAGGUCCUGGCGGGCAAGUUGAAGAUCAUUUCGAGGUUGAAGCUAUGGCCGAGGAACGUGUGGAGAUCGGCGAUUGGGUGGUAGAAGACCAAUAA